AUGAUCGAAGAAGAUCAGUCUCGAUAUCGUGCUGCUGCCACUCUUAGAAGAAGAUCGCCGGUGUCUAAAAAUCGAAAUGGGCAUCCCGUAUGGUCCAAAGCCCACUACGAUGAAAGCUCGUCGAAUACGCAAAAUGUGAACUACGCAACCGUAAUUUCAUUGAGUGACCACAACAGUAACUCUAAUUCAUUACACUUCCGGCGAACUACGAGAACUACCGAAAAUAUGAUUCCUGUGUCAGCGGAUAGUCUCAAGAGGAACUCAGAGGUGGCGAGAAAAGGCAGUCGGACCCCUAGUGGAGCUCAUUCUCGCAGCGAACAACGACCUCCAUCAUUUUGGCCCUCUACUGCGCUAGCAGAAAGAGCUAUGCACUCAACUGCUCCUAAUGUCAGAGAUUUCUGGGAAGCAAAUAUUGCCCUGGAACAGAAAGAAAAGAGAGAAGCUAUGCGGAACGCUUCCUCGAAGACCUACAGUUUCCCGAGAUGGCGCUCUACCGACGCGCUCUCUGCUUCUCUAGUCGCAUCGAACAGUGUCGAUGUGCCGAAGGAUAGCGUAAUUCCUGAGAAACGGUUGCAAAAAAUGCGAGAAACAGACCGACAAGCUGAAAUACAAAGGGCAAUAAUUCACCAGCGGACUGAAUCACCGCAGCGAAUUCGAAAAGGAAAGAGUCUUGACUCGCUCAACAUCCAAGUCGACUAUCAACCAUGGUACGACCGCAACAAAAUCCGGAAUUCUAUAAGUAGAGAAUCCAUUGCGAAUAUUGCAGAGGCAAGAGAACGAUUUGAACCUCAAAGUACACAUUCAAGAGCCCGUCGAUACUCUGGUCACUCCACGCAAACUGCUGUUUCUGAAUUUUCUUCCGUUAACGGUGGAACUUCUAAUCACGAUCGUCCACUAUACGAGGCACCAUUGAACACUUCCUUCACUGUCGAUAAUGGGUAUCACGCAGAGCACUAUCCUACGAGCGCUACUAGCUCUGCAAAGCACUCGUCAACGAGGCAGGACAGAGGAUUUUCAUUUGAGGAGCAGCUAUUCAUGAUGUAUAUGAAGCAACAUCCGGAAAUUAUUUCAAACCUCGGUCUUAAAUACCCCUCCGCCAUCCAGCGAGCAAUGGAGGAUUUACAAUGGAAGCAUGUAGAACUACGACUCGUCGAUGGUGGCUCACCGGUACUUUCUCAAUCACCACGGCAAGGACGGUUUUUGAAGAAAUCACAAACAGCGUCGUCAAAUCACGUUCGUAAAGUCGACGUACCCGUUAGGGAGCACGAUGAAACGCAACGCUACACUUAUGGAACUGAUCCGGCUGAAAAGAGGAUUGGCUCAAUGAUAAAAUACGAAAUGAUGCAGCUUCGGGAACGUGAAGAUGAGCUACAGAAAUCGAGAAGAGCGUUAGGACUACCUUCACUGGAGGAGACAAUGGAACUUUGGAGGCAGGGUAACUCGGACACGCUAUCGUACCGUUCAACCGCAAGCUAUUCCCGCAUGAACGAAUUGCCAACUGCUCCACUACACAAAAAUCCUCAACUGAGUGAGCUCAGCUCUACGAAUGGAUCUUGGGACUAUUAG